AUGGAGUUCCCCGCCGGGCACGGCUUCGCGCUCCGGGACGGCGUCCUCGCGGCCCGCUCCGCCGCUGCCGCGAGGGGCGGCGGCGGCGAAUCCACCGACUCCGACGGCCCCCGGCUCCCGCCGCUGCGGCUCGGCGCCUCCUACGCCGACUCCCGGGCCGCGCUCGCCAGCCCGUGCUCCAGCUCCUCCUCCGACGCCUUCCUCAGCACGAGCUCCUCGCCUUCAGGGCUGCUGAAUCCGUACGGGAUAUGGUCGCCGCCGCGCGCGCCGUCGGAGGCGUCGUCGUCGUCCUCGGAGGUGGACUUCCGCACGGCGCGCGAGUACGACACGGCCGACCUCUUCUUCGGCGACAACAGCUGGCUCCACGACGACCGCCUGCUCCACCGCGAGCCGUCGCCGGGGAGCGACACGAGCGGCGACGGCGACGAGGAGGACAAGUUCAUCAUCGGCCCCGACGCCGGCGCGCGGCGGAGCGAGACACGCGACGACGGCGGCCGGCGGCACGCGCCUAGCAAGGACAGUGCAGGCUCUGGAGGGGGCGGGGAGGUGUACACGUCGCCGCCCUGCAGGUGCUGCCAUGGGGAAACGGAGAAGGAUGGUCUGGAGUCUGUGAGUGAUUCCUGGUCUGCCGUGUACGGGAGGUACCAGAUCAUGGAUGACCUGACGGAGGUGCUGGACGAGUGCGGUACAGACGCGCUCAAGUUCAGGCGCAAUGACGAUGCCCCGCUCAAGGGCGCUCCGUUACUGGAUUCCAGGAGCGGGGGUGACCAGGAGUUUGAUCUGAGUGCGCUGGAGAAGGAACUUCAGAUGCUUAGUCCGUACCUGGGUGAAGACCCAGAUGCUCUUAACAGCUGUAGGUUUGACCCUGACUUCAGAGUAAAUAAUGAACUAGAUAUUGACAUUGUAACAGAUGAGAAAAUUCUCGAUGACAAAGAACUUCUAAAGAGUAGUUACAGCGUGCAUCCAUUUCCUGAGAUUGUCACUCCUGAAGAUGUUUAUGAGAUGGACGACUUUGGGUCAGCAGAUACAAAUGUUCAAAAUACCACUACUCAUAAAAUCGGCGAAGGUCCAAAAACAGACAUUGAUCUUGCAAGCUCUAUUUUUCAUCAAGAAUAUGAAGAAUUUGAGCUGAGAAUUUUCCACCGGAAGAACAGGACUGGCUUUGAAGAAACCAAAGAAUUUCCUAUUGUGGUAGAUUCAGUUGUUGCCGGAAGAUAUCGUAUCACUGAAUAUCUUGGUUCAGCUGCAUUCAGCAGGGUCGUACAGGCACGCGAUCUUUGCACGGGAAUGGAUGUCUGCCUUAAAAUAAUUAAAAACGACAAGGAUUUCUUUGAUCAGAGCUUGGAUGAGAUAAAGCUCCUUAAGUUUGUAAAUAAACAUGAUCCGGCAGAUGCACAUCAUAUAUUACGCCUAUAUGAUUUUUUCUACUAUCAGGAACAUCUUUUCAUUGUCACCGAAUUACUACGGGCAAAUCUAUAUGAAUUUCAAAAGUAUAACCAGGAGUCUGGUGAUGAGGUCUACUUUUCAUUGCCCAGAAUACAGGCUAUAGCUCGACAGUGCUUAGAAGCCUUGGUGUAUUUGCAUCAUUUAAAUAUAGUUCACUGUGACCUGAAACCUGAGAAUAUCCUGAUGAAGAGCUACAGCAGAUGUGAAAUUAAGGUUAUUGAUCUUGGAAGCAGUUGCUUCUUAUCAGACAACUUAAUCCUAUAUGUUCAAUCACGUUCUUACCGCGCUCCUGAGAUCAUUCUGGGUCUCCCAUAUGACCAGAAGAUUGACAUUUGGUCUCUUGGCUGCAUCUUCGCUGAGCUGUAUACUGGUGAAGUGCUCUUUCCUAAUGAAUCAGUGUCAACCAUUCUUGCCCGGAUAAUUGGAAUAGUUGGCCCAAUUGACACCAAGAUGCUUGCAUUGGGACAGGAGACUCAGAAGUACUUUACAGAAGAGUAUGACCUUUUCCACAAGAAUGAGGAGACGGAUCAGCUGGAGUAUUUGGUACCAGAGAAAUCCUCCUUGCGGCGCCACUUGCGAUGCUCCGACUCCAAGUUUGUUGAUUUUCUGUCUUGCCUUCUGCAAGUUAACCCCAGAAAGAGACCAACAGCCAGGGAAGCGUUGCGGCAUAGAUGGUUUUCACACACAUAUCGUUGAGCUGCCGAUCAAAACAAUUCUUCACACGGAGGGACAUUUUUUAAGUUCCUCAUCUCAUGAAACGAAACUUUUUUCUUUUGCAGCUGGAUUUCGUCCUUGCGUUUUCUCUUUCAGGCAACCCUUGGCCUGUUUUGCGAGGUGAAUACAUACCUUCUCAUGCAUGUAUAUAUGAGAAAAGGUUCCUAUCUGUACAGCUGGCGUUUACUCUGAUGGGCAAUUUUUAAAUAGUUCUCCGAUGUACUUCUAAUUCAUAGUAUAGCAAAUCAAGUUUUGUUUAAGCUGUCCUGUGUUUAUCUUUAUCUCUUAGAUAUUCAGUUUGAAGUAAAUAGUUCUCCGA